GGAAAACUCACCCAGCUCUCGGGAGCGUUGCUUAGCUUCUGUUUCUUGUGCGAGUUGCUAAACGUGUCCAUGACUGGAAGUGGUGAACGGCUGAUUACACCGGAAACCUCUUUAGUAACAACAAGAUGACAAACAGCUGGUUUCUGACAGACUGUUAUAUGUUUAUUGGAAGGGUUCAGGUAUCUCCAGUCAAUGGAGUAGUAGCCCGAAGCCGGGGAGCCUUGCUGGCACUACAACCGGGAAGAGCUUCCACAGCAGAGCCACGUAACCGGGGACGUAGUGACGUACUUCCUGCGUUAGCGUCAGACAGUGGUCUCUCCAAAUGCACCAAAACUGAUCUGAGGACAGCGCCUCUGGAUUAGAGGGGAUGCUCGGCAGGAGGCGGGAUACAGGCAGGAUGGAUCUGAGAACAUGCGGUGGACAACUGGGAGGAGCGCUCUCUCAAAUAGCGAGCGGCACUGUGGUGAGACGUAACAGUCCCAGUCAGAUCACAGCAGCGACCAAACAGCACGCAGCAUCACGGAUUCAAGGAAUUACAAGUACAGGAAGAGGCAAGAGGAGGCCCGAGCAAAGGCAGCUGAAAAGCCUCAACCCAGAGGAGUGGUGUCUGUGGAUGGACAGUGCAGGCACCAAUGGCAUCGCAGGAGCUUGUGAUUGCAAGAGACCCUACCACUGACAAUCUGAAUCCAGGAAUGGAGGGUGGGGCUGUGCCCAGUGGCAAUAAAACCUGUCCUGUCCACACCCCUGGAGAGGAGUCAAAGAGAGGCUUUCGAAAAGGCCUAGGGAGGCACAAUGACUACGUGAAGAUCUCUGUACCGGACUCCAAGGUUAAUCGUCUGCCAAUGGAGUGGUGGAAGACAAUGGUUGCCUUCUUUUACGCUGGUUUUAACUUGGUCCUGACCACAGUCGUCAUAACCAUAGUCCAUGAGAGGGUCCCACCCAAAGAGAGCAGCCCGCCUCUCCCUGAUAAGUUCUUUGACUAUAUCGACAGGGUCAACUGGGCUUUUACUGUGACAGAGAUCAAUGGCAUGGUGCUACUAGCCAUUUGGCUAAUUCAGUUGUUCUUCUUCAGAUACAAGUCAAUAGCAAGCAGGCGGUUCUUCUUCCUUAUUGGCACCCUGUACUUGUACCGCUGCGUCACUAUGUACAUCACCACCCUGCCUGUACCUGGCAUGCACAUGACUUGUGCUCCUAAGCUCCAUGGAGACUCCCAGGCAAAAAUCCAGAGGAUCCUGCGCCUGGUCUCAGGAGGAGGUCUGUCCAUUACGAACUCCCAUCUCUUGUGUGGAGAUUUCCUCUACAGUGGACACACUGUGAUGCUCACUCUCACCUACCUGUUUAUUAAGGAAUAUUCACCACGGUCGUUUUGGUGGUAUCAUCUGAUGUGCUGGCUGCUGAGUGCUGUGGGUGUGGUGUGUAUCUUGGUGGCACAUGAGCACUACAGCGUGGAUGUGGUCGUGGCUUAUUUCAUCACCUCUCGUCUCUUCUGGUGGUACCACACCAUGGCCAACUUACAGACUCUGAAGUGCUCGCCGAACAACUACCUCACCAACACCUGGUGGAACCCGUUUUUCAACUUCCUGGAGAAGAACGUCCAAACCUCUGUUCCAUGCUCGUACAGCUGGCCCAUCACCUGGCCUCCUGCAUGCCUUAAGAACCCCUGCAAGAAGUACUCCAUGGUACAGAGCACACGAGAAGAGUGAUGUGACCCUGACGCCCCAGCAUUCUUGCCUGAUAAACCACAGAAAUCGUAUUCCUUUGUUCAGUCUUAUCAAACGGACAGGGACACAAUGGUACCAAAAAUAUCAUUACUUUGAAAGAAAUGUUUCUGCAAACAUGUUAAGAAGGGUAAAUGUGUUUUCUCUGUGUUCUUUGUAUAUGUAAUUUAUUUAUAUGAUAAAAGUCCUGCAAAGUCAUCUUUGUUUUAGUAUCUGUUAUUUGUGUCAGCUCCUAGUAGUGGACAGUUUGUUGCAAAUGUAUUGUAUAUUCAUUAUAUUUGCAAAUCUUGAUUUUAUAUCUGCUGCCGUAACUAUUUUGUAUGUGUUGACGGGGUUUACCUCAUUAUGAUUUUAAUAUGCUCAAGUCACACGGUGCCUUAGUGUGUUCAAUGUCAGUAUUUGUCCAAAAACUGCCAUUACCAGCUUUGGAUUUGUUUUUUUUUCUAUAAGAGAUUUUUUUAAUUAUCAAAAACUUUAUUAUUUCGGUAGCAUUGAGUAUGUACUGUAAAUCGGAGCUCUUAGAGUUGUGAAAUUAUAUUAAAAUGUCCCCAUACUAAA